CAGAGCCCACAUGCACAACAGUUGCAGCGCCCUUUAUUUGCACAGUGAGCGCGAGGACAGCGCAUCUUCAGACUCGUUUUACUUCAUUUAAUCGUUUUAUUUCUACAUGUCGAAUAAUAGCGGUUUGUUUCAAUAUUUAAAUGUAUCCAGUUUUAUUGUUUGGAGGUCUGUUGCGUUAAUACCCAACGUAAACUUCAAAAGAGGCGACAGUCAGCCAACUGACAAAUCUGUUUUGUUUGUUAUUAUUUUUGGCUUGAUAGGCUGUGUGUUCGACAAGAUGCCGCGCGGAUACAUUUCGUAGUUCCAUCCGCAGUUUUCUUAUCCUCCGGAAGUGGCGGUCACUUUAACACUAGUUACUUCAAUUUAAAAGGCUCAAAGCUUUGGAAGAACAAGCAAAUGGAGACCCACAACUGCUGAGCUAUCGGUUCUCCCUCCCUCUUUUCCUCUCUUCCAGUUCCUCCUCUUCCUCUUCUUUUUACGUUCUCCUUUUCACUGAGAGCAGGAGAUGAGUUCAGAGGAGAAAAGUUCCACCAUGUCCCAGAAGAUCUCCUCUCCAUCUCACAGCAAUAGCAGUUCCUCCUCCAAACAUGACAGCAGACAGGACAACUGGGAGAUCGUCGAGGGCUUGCGUGGUGGUCUCUCUAAUGUUCAGGAGCCAGAGAAGCAGUCCGGCUACAUGCUGAAGAAGAGAAAAUGGCCCAUGAAAGGUUGGCACAAGAGAUUCUUCUACUUGGACAAGGGCAUUUUGAAGUACGCCAAAUGUGAAGCUGAUGUGGAUAAAGGCAAGCUCCACGGCUGCAUUGAUGUUGGACUGUCCGUCAUGGCCAUUAAGAAGAAAGCCAAGUGCAUUGAUUUGGAUGCAGAAGAAAACAUUUAUCACUUAAAGAUCAAGUCCCAGGAGCUGUUUGAUGAAUGGGUCUCUAAGCUCCGUCACCACAGACUUUACAGGCAGAAUGAGAUCGCCAUGUUCCCUCAUGAGAAAACGCUCUUCCACCCUCAUUACCCCCUCACCUCCUCCCCCACGACACCCGACAGUCAGUCCAUCAGAAAGCGUGCAUCUCUUGCAAAGCAGUCCUCUCUUCACUCGCCUGUAUCUUUUACCAGCCAGGCCAAGGUGACCGCCUGGCUCCAGUCUUCUGAUGACAUGGACAGGUGCACCAAAGAACUCUCGGUAUGUGAGGCUCAGCUCCUGGAACUGAAUCACUUGUUAAGAAGUAUGGAGGUGUUACACCGCACCUACUCCGCCCCAGCCAUCAACGCUCUGCAGGCUUCAAUGUACGACAGCCCGAAAAAAGAGAAGAGACAUCCCAAGAAAUGGCUUGGCAAGAAUUGCGGGAAAGACAACAAAACCACCUUGCAGGUUCCGAGCUGUAUUUCAGCAGGCUCUGUCCGUCUCCACGCGUCCAAUCCCAACCUCUCUUCUGUAGACCUGACCAACGAGAAGAGUUACCAUGAACCUCUAGACUCGCCUAUAGACGUAUCCAAACUGCAGGAAGACUUCUGCCGCGUCGCAAACAACCUUCAUACAACCAUGAAAUCAGCCAUGUGCAUGAUGACUUCAGAGAAAGAGAGACUUAAACAGAUGCUGGAGCACGAGUCUUGUCCCUCCCCCUCGGCCCAGCUCCUAGGACUGAAGAGUGCCCUGGCUGCAGCUUUAACGCAGAACACUGAGCUGAGAGAGCGUCUGUGCAAGAUUCACGCUGAGUCGCACAUCUCUGAGCCCUCUGUCCAUAUAAACCUCAGUCCUGGCCCCCUGCAGAAGAAAGACUCCAGUGAUGUUUCCCGCCCCCUUGUUCAUCAGGCAUCCAAUGAGAGCAGAGCUUCCAUUACAGAGUCUCUAUCAGAGUUCUUUGAUGCACAGGAAGUUCUAUUGUCGGCUAGUUCUUCAGAAAAUGAGCCUUCAGAAGAUGACUCAUAUAUCAGUGACAUCAGUGACAACAUAUCCAUGGAUAACUUCAGCAACGAGGCAGAGAAUGAGAGACUCAAUGCAGGUUGUCUAGAGAACGGUGGUUCUCAAGAACAGCGGCGGUCUUGUCUUCCCUCCCCCAGCCCCAAUACCAGCAACAUCAGCCUGUGGAACAUACUGAAGAACAACAUCGGGAAGGACCUGUCUAAAGUAGCCAUGCCUGUUCAACUCAAUGAGCCGCUUAACACACUGCAGAGACUGUGUGAGGAACUGGAGUACAGCGAACUGCUGGACAAGGCCGCACACACACAGGACCCUUUUGAGCGCAUGGUGUACAUCGCUACAUUUGCCGUGUCUGGCUAUGCUUCCAGUUACUACAGAGCAGGAGGAAAACCCUUUAAUCCAGUGUUGGGCGAAACCUACGAGUGUGAUCGCCCAGACAAAGGCUUUCGCUUUGUUGGCGAGCAGGUCAGCCAUCAUCCCCCCAUAUCAGCAUGUCAUGCUGACUCUAAAAACUUCAUCUUUUGGCAAGACGUGAGGUGGAGGAAUAAGUUCUGGGGAAAGUCCAUGGAGAUUGUACCUGUAGGAAGUACUCAUGUGGUUCUUCCUGGCUUUGGGGAUCAUUAUGAAUGGAAUAAGGUGACAUCAUGUAUCCACAACAUUCUAAGUGGGCAGCGCUGGAUCGAGCACUAUGGUGAAAUCUCCAUCAAAAACUACAACAGUGAGAAAUGCCAGUGUAAAGUCACCUUCAUCAAGGCGAAGUACUGGAACUCCACCAUGAACGAGGUGGAGGGAGCUAUCACAGACCACAAAGGAAAAGUCAUCCAUAAGCUGUUUGGGAAAUGGCACGAGGGCAUGUACUGCGGCAGCCCACCCUCUGCUACCUGCAUCUGGAGGAUGAAUCCCAUGCCUCCUGAUUAUGAGCAGUACUAUGGUUUCACUAAGUUUGCUAUGGAGCUCAAUGAGCUCGACCCUCUUACCAAACCCCAUCUUCCACCCAUGGACACCAGACUACGACUCGACCAGAGGUUAUUGGAGGAAGGGAACGUUGAAUCUGCAGAGGUGCAGAAGCAGAGGAUCGAACAGCUGCAGCGAGAGAGACGCAGAGUCCUGGAAGAGAACCAAAUAACACAUCAACCUCGAUUCUUCCAGAAGUCCAAAGAUGACACCUGGGUGAGCAACAACACAUACUGGGACUUAAGGAAAGAUCCUGGAUUCACUAACCUUGACUGUCCAGUCCUCUGGUAACUCAGAGGAAGCCAACAUACAUCUGUGCUCACCGUUGCCUGCUCUUAUCUGUUCUGGCCAACAUUACAGCUUCAAGAGACAACAAACACCUUUUAAAGUGAGGUAGAGACUAUGAGAAAGCUGUGAGAGACUGAUGGCCGCAGAAUUACAAUCUGACCGUUUCGAAUCAUUCCUUAAUAUUCAUUAUUUAAUGUCCCAGCAGUUCAGUUGCCUUACUAUGCUUACAUUUAUGUAUGGUUUCAUUUAUGCAAAUGGAUCCCUUGGAAGUAUGAGAAAUAUGCAAUCUUGGCCCAGUUCAUAUUUUCGUUUAGUUGAUGUGCUCAAUAUCUGGCACAAGAAACCAAGAGGAAAAACAGUUGGAUUGUGGUCUCUUGUGGUGAAAUAUAAUACUGCAGAUGACCGCAGCUUAAA